GCCUUCUUUGUGGUCUGUGGUCCUUUCUCUGUGUGUAUUUCGUAAAAUAUUGAAUAAAUUGUAGAAAACAAUAAUUAAUCAUUUUACAACAAUGAAAGAUGUUAUAGAUGUGAUGGCUUUACAAAACAAUAGACGCGAGAGACGAUUACCGGACUAUAGAAGUGCACCGGGUCAUAGUUUGGCUACAAAUUUUAUAUUCGAAUGUGGUAUCAAACUUAAUUUGCAACCUGCAACUGUCGCUACAGCUGCUGUGUUUUACCAUAAAUUUUUUAAAGAAGCAGAUAAAAACGAUUAUGACUGUUAUGUCAUAUGUACUGCAUGUCUUUGUGCUGCUGGAAAGUCGAGGGAUGAGCCGGUCAAACUCCGGGACGCCGUCAAUGUUGCUCACAAUUCGAUCAAUCGAGGCGCAGGACCUUUAGAAUUAGGCGAUGAAUAUUGGUCAUGGCGAGGGGCGGUGGCGCAGGCAGAACUGCUCGUACUUCGAUUAUUGGGAUUCAACUUGGACGCGCCAUCUCCACACCGAUAUUUACUACACUAUCUUCGUUCACUACAGGAAUGGUUUCCGCCGGCACAGUGGCGCGCGGCACCUAUAGCUAGAACCGCGAUGGGUUUCCUACAAGACUUUCAUCAUUCUCCUAGUAUUCUGGACUACAGGGCACCACAUAUUGCUGUUGCUUGCUUAACUCUAGCACUGCAUGUUCUAGGAGUUUCUGUUCCACUGGCUUCAACUCUGGAUGACGAUGCUGCCUGGUAUUCAGUGUUCACUAAAGAUUUGCAAAAAGAAAAGAAUUGGGAGAUCAUGGAGAAAAUCAUGCUAGUUUAUAGCAGAGAACCUGAACCUAUAUAAAUAAGAACUAGGUUAUAAUAGGAAUUCCUUAAAAACAUUAAAAUUAUUUGUAUAAGGUAUUUUAACU